CUUGUUUUUCCCUCUAGAGCACGGGUGUCAAACUGGUGGCCCCCCAGCUGCUGUGAAACUACAAGUCCCAUCAUGCCUCUACCUCUGGGAGUCAUGCUUGUAACUGUCAAUCCUGCAAUGCCUCAUGGGACUUGUAGUUUGGCAACAGCUGGAGGGCCACCAGUUUGCCACCUCUGUUGCCAAACUACAAGGUCCUUGAGGCAUUGCAAGAUUUGCAGUUACAAGCAUGACUCCCAAAGGCAGAAGCAUGAUGGGACUUGCCAGUUUGAUACCCCUGAUCUAUUGCCACACUCUGCACAUGGUGCUCCCACGAGCAUUUGGACAGCU